AUGGAUCUCACCAAAUUAUAUGACCAUGAGUCACCUCCAAAGACGGAGACAGCGUCUCCUGUUUCAGCGGCUGUACCUGAAGUUAAGACGAAGAGAACAUCCAAAGAGUACAAAUUUCUCUUUUAUUUUCUUCUACAGAAGUUCGAAAAUGCAGACUGGAAGUCAAAGAAGUUGAAAGAUGAUCAGGAUCAUUGUGAAAAGCUCGUUAAGUUUCUUCAGCUUCGAAACUUUAUGCUAGUGGAUUUGUUGAAGUAUAUUGAUCAGAACGAGGAAUUAAGUCCUUUAUCUCCUCUUAGUAGGAGACGCGAAGCUGAGAUACUUAAGAGGAUAGUAAAUUCAAGGCAGGAGUUGGCUUCUGUGCUCAAGCCGUUGAUGGAAUUGCCUGACAAUGAGUCUUUGAAGGAUCCUGCAGUGCUGAAGAAGUCAGUUGAGAGUCUGCAUUUACGUGACGAGUUGAACCAUGAGUUAUAUAUGUUAGAGAGCAAUUCCAUGCCUGACAUGUAUUUGGAUUCUGAUUACAAUGAUCUUUUCGACAGGGUUAAACGAAAUCGGUUCUACGUUCAUGAUACUUUGAGAUAUGCGGAUCCUAAGAGAAAGAUGACGGAUCUUGAUGACUUGGAGACUGAAGUGGAGCCUCAAAGAAGAAAAAGAAGGUCUGCUUUAAAAAAGGAAAAGGAGACCAUAUCGGAGGACCUUGCUACUGCUGCCGGCACUUCUGGUGUAACAUCUUUGCAUUCUCAAUCCCCUGAAGCUGCCCAUAGCGUUGUGUUGAAGUUCACUAAUAAGCAGAAGUUGAAUGAUGUUAUGGAAAGUUCGAUGCUCAACGAGGAAAGCUUGCAGGAGAAAGAGGAGGACAAACCAUUGCAAUCCCAGCAAAUUUCUCCCUAG